UAUCGGUAAGCUGUGAUCGCCAUUGAACGGUAGACUGGAGUCGGUUUCAAUUGUUUGACUGAAGUUACAACAGACCGGCGUAUUAAUGUAUCGAAUGGCAUGUAUUAAACAUAGAAAUAUAGACGAAUUUUACUUAACCCACGCCAUUUUAAACUUCGAGAAUUUGCCGAUGUGAAGCAUCAGACUAAUAAUAGUUCAGAGUAGUACAGAACUUCGCGAGGUUUCUGUGACGCCACGCGCUAUUUCUGUCGUCUGCUAGUUCGGGAUCAGUAGUGUGUGAGGAAGGCUGUUAUUAUGUUGGUAAUACAAGAGACUCAGCCAUAACUAAAUGGUGCUUUACACCGUGGAUAUAUACACAAAGAUUACUGUAAGCCAUGGAUGAAUCUUUUUAACGUGGGGCACAUCGUUUUGUGAGAAAGGAUAGCUGCAAAUAUGGAGAAUACACCGAUGCUAAAACAGGUUAAAAAGCCUCAGUUCUGUCGCUUUUUCAGUCGUUAUCAUUUUGAUUGCGAAGAAUUGGAAAGUUUAUAUAACCGCUAUGUUUACAAACUACAGCAAUCGUCUAUUGAAUACAUGCUUAUGUUGUUUAUAGUGCUCACACUGUGCUUAUCCAUACUGAAUUUUGUCUAUGCUGAAUAUAUUACAGUAUUGGCACUUUAUCUGACUGUCCACUGCAUCUUCUUUAUAGCAAUCUUUAUUUACAUCAACACAAAGUUUAUGAAAGAAUCUCAUUUUUCUUGGCUGUGUUAUCUUUUGCUUUUGUUUCUUAUCGGAUUUUCUGUGUUUUCUUUUCCGUCGGAUUUUGGAAUAAUAAUACCAGGAAGUCCACGAGCAGGGCACCACCCAGCCAACGGAGUUUGGGAAACGUUAUAUGUUAUUUUUAUGAUAUAUUCCCUAAUGCCUCUAAGAACACUGAUUGCAGCUGUGAUUGGAAUAGUGUUACCUGUAGCUCAUUUGGCAGUUUCGGCCUUCCUGGCCAACACCUUCCCAGCGUUGCUAUGGAGACAGUUAAUAGCGAAUGGUAUAUUAUUUCUAUGCGUUAACGUGGCUGGUAUUUUGAUUCACAAUCUAACAGAAAGAUCACAGAGAAAAACGUUCAUGGACACGAGGAAUUGUAUAGCAGCACGACUUGAGAUUGAAGAUGAGAACGAAAAAUUGGAAAAGCUUCUUUUAAGUGUUCUUCCUCAACAUGUUGCUAUGGAGAUGAAGCGAGACAUGACGACACCACACCAAGGCCCAUUUCAUAAAAUUUACAUACAGCGUCAUGAUAACGUAACGAUAUUGUUUGCUGAUAUAGUUGGUUUUACUGUGCUGGCUUCUCAGUGUACAGCUCAAGAAUUGGUACGAAUUCUGAAUGAACUGUUCGGUAGAUUUGAUCACCUAGCAAAGAAUAAUAAUUGUUUACGGAUAAAGAUUUUGGGAGAUUGUUAUUAUUGUGUUAGUGGUUUACCAGAACCCCAUUCUGAUCAUGCUAAAUGUUGUGUGGAGAUGGGACUAGACAUGAUUGAUGCAAUAGCUUCCGUCUGCGAAUCUACUGACGUUCGAUUAAAUAUGAGAGUUGGACUCCAUACCGGCGCAGUAUUGUGUGGCGUUCUUGGUCUUAAAAGAUGGCAAUAUGACGUGUGGAGUCAUGACGUCACUCUAGCUAACCAGAUGGAGGCUGGAGGCUUACCUGGCAUGGUGCACAUCACGCAAUCUACAUUGGAUCAUUUACAUGGUGAAUAUGAAGUAGAGCCUGGAAAUGGCGGUGAUAGAAAUGCUUUCUUAAAACAGCACACCAUUGAAACCUUCUUUAUUAAAGCUAAACAUCCUCGAAGGCACAGUUCACUACUAUACAGAGACUGGGCAGGACUGAGACCAAAGAAACUGUCCUUUAGAAAUGUUUCGAAUUGCGUGAUGCGGUUGAUGCAAGCUGUCAAAUUUAAUGCUGAAAUCCCUUUCUCUAAUGUCUUAACACCGUCACAAGAAGAAAAACAACCAUCUAAAUUUAGUCGACUUGCGUCGGUAACUGAUAAACUUAGAAAGCCAUUUAAAGAAAGGCAUUCUCAGUUUCCAUUGCCGACCAAUCGUGUUAAUAAAUAUCUGGCCCAGGCUAUAACGGCUAGAUAUGUCGAACAAGAGAAAUCCAACCAUGUUAAUUUUGUUACGUUGAGAUUUAAGACGCCUUUGAAGGAGCAAAGGUACCAAGCUUCUGGAGAUUUUGCCUUUAGUGGAAGUAUGAUAUGUGCCAUGGUUAUGUUAAUUUGUGUAGCCGGCAUGCAAACUGUGAUAUUACCAAGAACUUUGUUAUUAUUAAUGAUGUUUUUAGCAACUUUUACCUGGAUUUCUAUUAUCCUUAUACUUAUUCUAAGUAUAAAUAUUAAGUGUACAUUAUUUGAUAUACGGCGAUCAUCUUGUAUACGUUUGUUUGUUAUGGUUACGACGAUUUUACUCAUCUAUGCAACAGCUCAAAUUAAUGUAUUGUGCUGUAGAGAUGGCAAUUUCUUCAACUUUCUGGCGAAUGUAACAUUUACGACAUCUUCUAGCGAUCAUCAUUUAUCAUGUGAUUUUCCACCUUAUAUUUAUAUGAGUUGUCUAAUGGGUUUUGUUACGGUCUCUGUGUUUUUAAAACUCUCAGCUUUAGUUAAGUUAUUUCUAAUGCUGAUGAUGGCCGGUGGUUAUGUUGUUCAGAUGGUCUAUACACAUGAUCUCCUGUUUUUGAAGUUCGAUGUAAAAACCAGUCCUAUAGUGCCUAGUAAUGUGAUUGGUAUUGUUGUACUCAUAAUAUUUAUGAUAACGUUGUAUAUACAAGGACGACAACAAGAAUGGACAUCAAGACUAGACUUCUUGUGGAAAGUUCAGGCUACAGAAGAAAAAAUCGAAAUGACAGAGUUACAAGUAAAUAAUCGGAAUAUAUUGUGUAACAUGUUACCCUCACAUGUUGCCUGUCAUUUUGUUGAUAAGCAACGCGUCAACUUCAUGGACCUAUAUAGUCAACAAUACAGCAAAGUCGGUGUCUUCUUUUCAUCGAUUCCAAAUUUCUCAGAUUUUUAUACUGAACUAGAUGCCAACAACCAGGGAAUGGAAUGUUUAAGAGUUUUAAAUGAGAUCAUAGCGGAUUUUGACGAGUUAUUAAAUGCACCGAGAUUUCGUGCUAUUGAUAAGAUAAAGACUAUAGGUAGUACAUAUAUGGCUUCUAUUGGUUUGAUGCCUGAAUACAUAAUACAGGAUAAUGAUACGUCUGUCACCCAUUCUCUCGCUCUGUUGGUGGAAUUUGCGUUUGCAAUGAAAGAUAAAUUGAGAAUUAUUAAUGAAAAUUCUUAUAACAACUUUGUAAUGAAAAUAGGCAUGAAUAUUGGACCAAUCGUAGCUGGUGUUAUAGGAGCACGGAAACCACAGUAUGACAUUUGGGGUAAUACUGUUAAUGUGGCAAGUCGUAUGGAGAGUACUGGUAAACCAGACCAUAUACAGGUAACAGAGGAGGUUUAUGCUGCACUAAAAGAUAUGUACGAUUUUAAAUGUAGAGGGCGUAUUACCGUUAAGGGAAAGGGAGAAAUGAUCACUUACUUUCUAGUGGGCAGAAAAUCCGGUCAGAUCUUCCAGGACAAUCCUUCACCUUUGACCCCUGAUAGUCCCCGUUUCCCGCGGCCCCCCUCGCGAGACGGAACAGCCAUUGUCCGUCAAGGUAGUGGUAGCAACUUAAGAGAAAUACCUCGUCACGGAUCACUUGGUUCCCAAGGACGAGUGACUCCAAAUAUGGUAGCACUGUGUUUAGAGAGGCAGCCUAGUUUGGAUUCUCAAAGAGGAAGCGGGGCUACACCUACAAGCAGUUUAAAUAAGAAACGUAAAAAUGGCGGCACUGAUAGUCCGAAGGAUGCAGGACGGAAGCCACAGAGAAAACUCAGUAAUUCUUCUCUUACAAAUUGUAUUGCUGGCGAACCCACCUCAACGCGGGUAGAGUCUCCUGAACUACCAGCUGUCCAUUACAUGAAUGUGAAAAUGCAGAACAACCGCAAUCCAGCGAUCCAGAACUUUCUGUUCGAUGGAUUAAAAUGCAUCGACGCCAAAAAGUCCGAAAGUCCGGAGAUGAAGCCACCAGUGUCCAAGAUGACAAAGAGCAACAGUGUUCCUGGUACUCGGAUACAGGUAGCUACUGUUCAACCCGUUCACCGAGUUCCUCCAGAAGCUACAAAACCACCUACCGCUAGUAACCCUCUGCAAUACGCCCGACCGACACCUCUUGUAUAUGCUGGAAUUGUCCAACCCAUGAAACAUCCUCUGAAACCACCACCAAUGGAAGUCUCAGAAGAUGAGGACUACAAAUCACAAAUCAAUGCUCAAUCCCAUAAGGAAAUCCCAGUGAUAGAAUACCAUCAAAUGUCGGACAUGAUGAAAGAACUUGGCCAAAUAGUUAAUCCUGCAAAUCCAAACAAACCACUUUUAAAAUCAAAACAUAGGCCAAAAUCGCAGGCAAAACAACCGGAGGAGAAGUUUGUGAUUGGCACGUACCGAGAACCCUUGGAGAAGUCGCCUUCCCAUACACCGUCACAAAGAAGCAGCGGAUCCUCAGACAAAAUUGAAUUAUCGCCCGUGAAACAAGCCUUCAAAGCACCAGGGGAAAUCAGGAGAAGUUCAUCCGGUUCAAAAGAGAGUGGUUCUUCCGGAUCGACUUUAACGCCUACCUCAGGACUUGUGGCAAGCAUCGACGGGAAAACGAUGUCAUUGCUCCCCUUCUUGGAAGGCAAUCAGAUUUCUGCGACUGGUGUAGUUCGCGAUGGUGAAACGAGUGUUAUGGCUAAAUAUAUACCCCCUGCUCGAUUUACACCUAGCAUAGCUACCAAAAAGUCACCAGUUACAUCCCCGGAUGGAAGUAAAAAAGAUUUUGUGCCCACUAAUUCAGAUAGUGAUAAAGACUCGGUUAGUUCCAAGCCAAUGAGUGAUCAUUCCUCUAUUGUUCACCUGCAACCAAUACAUUUAAAGAACUCAAAAUCCGCUAAUAUUCGCAACCUCAAUCACCCGGAUGUCAAAUACGUUGAACUGGACUACAAACCCUUAGGUGGUGUUACACUUAACAGUUUAGACAGACAUUUUUCACGCUCUAGCGAAGCCGUGGACGGUGUUCCGCGAUGUCCACCGACGCCUAAAUUUCCCAUUUUAUCAGCAUCAUCAUCGUUGAAUGAUCUAAUUUAUGAACUCACUGAAGAUAGUGAUUAUAUACGUCAUCCGUUGCAAAAGAAUUCGGACCGGAACCGCAUAUUGCGCAAUCGUCAAAAAUCUAAUGACAUCGUUAGUGAAGGGAACGGAGACGGCAAAUCACCCACUAAAGAUAAUACUGACAAAAAGGGUGGACGCAACAGGUAUUCAAUUAAUCCAUAUCAAAUCAAACGACGUCAAGCCUACACCAUACCUCCUCGCCAUUGUCGUAGUUUGGACUACAUCCCAGGCGACAGGGAUGACUAUGCCUCGAAUGCUUCCUCGGCCUGCGGUAGCCCUAGAGCCAGGCACGCCUACUUAAUGCCGCUUAUUUUUGGUAAAACGCCGAUGACGGCGGAUAACACUAGUGUCUCAUCGCUAGCAAGUAGUAGUGAAAUGUCUAAUUGUGAUGCGGCAGUGAAUUGUGAUUCGGGUUCCGCGGCGUACGAAUCUGAGUAUGAUAAUUAUAGACCAGGUGUUAUGAGUGAUGAUGAUUUUUUUGUCAAUGAAGCUAUCAGUGAUAUUGAUGGUGGUUUAUUAGACGAUAUUGAUAUAGACAACGUAUCAGUUAGUGACUGUUAUAGCUUUGAUAUGCCUUUAGCCGGUUACAAGAAAAAGGUCACCGAAGUUUAAAAAGGGUCUGAGCAUUUUGCUAUAUACUAUGUUAUUAUAGUUUCAAUUGAUAAAACAUAUUUGUGCUAUAAAUAAACUCUUGUUGAAACUGUCGACGUGCACGUGAAAACGGUAAAGGACAAUGAAAAACUCAAAUAUGGUUUAGCAAAAUCACACGCUCUAAUUCAUUUUAUAUGCCAAAUCUGGAAAGGUUUCGCGUUUUCCCUACCUAUGCUAAUAAAUAUAUACAUAGGCUAUUUAUUUGUGAACCCAAUGAAAAAAUUCGCAAUUUCAUUAGUGUUCUGAAUCCUGUCCUUUUCUCCAUAAUGUUGUUAAAUUGUAUUAAGAAGUUAUAGUCCCUAAACGUGUGUACUUUAGAGUAAUGGCGGAAAUAGUUUCUCUCGUACCGACUUUUGUUGUCACAGCUAGCUACGGACUUUCAUAAUAGAUUAUGUUUGGUUGUGUAAUCAAGCCUAAUUCUGUUAAACAUUGUACAUAACAUCACAAUUUGCCUUAUUAUAAAAAUAUUUAUUCAUUUGUCAUGUAAAGUAAAAGUAGAUUUCAUGUAAAACAUUUGUCAGUAUGUAUAUAAUUUUUAAACAAAUGUCUCCAGCGUUGGAAUUUUUAAAAAAUUGCAAUCGUUUGUCUCAAUCUUCGUUAUCCAUUUUAAGAUCUAGAAUUGGCUAAUGUCUUAGUGAACUUUCUGAUUUGUCAAAGGAAUUGUGGGUUUUAAGGUGUGUUCUCUAAUCUAGAGAACCUGCCGAAUUUAGGAGAGCGGAAAGUUUUAGUAAAACUUAGCACUGAAUUUCAAUUUGUCAGCGAUUUCCAUAUAUUGUUUAAAAUACCCUUUCGAAGAGAGUAAGAUUGAAAACGUAUGAUUAAAUAACACAGUAUUAGUGAUUUGAAAGUGAGAAAAAUUUUUCUGUAAGAAUCUAAAAAUCCCCUCAAAAGAGUCUAGUGUUUCUACAGUCGUACAUGUUUCAUGUGUGCUUUCAGAUACAGAGAGAUUGGGAUUUAAACAGACUGCUGCAUCUAAAAUACAUGGAUACACUGUUUCUAAUAUGUAUGGAAAUUUGUUUAUAAGAAAAAAAGUCAAAAAUGUUGAUAAGUUUACUCAUAAUUUUAGUUGCUUCAUGUGUAAUCGCCAAUUUAUUGUUUGACAUCAUUACGGAUAUUGUAUAUAUGUAAAUACGCUAAUUAUAAUAUUGUUUUAUCAAUAUU